AAUGUAUUACAUUUAGAUCAUGUCUUCAAGUCGUGUGCGAGCAAAGAAGGGUGUCAAGAAGAGGGCCCAAAGAGCUACCAGCAAUGUCUUUGCUAUGUUUGAUCAAAGUCAAAUCCAGGAGUUCAAAGAGGCUUUCAAUAUGAUUGAUCAGAAUCAUGAUGGAUUCAUCUGCAAGGAAGAUCUCCAUGAUAUGUUGGCAUCCCUUGGCCAAGAACCAACUGACGCCAACCUUGAAGCAAUGGUGAACGAAGCCUCUGGCCCCAUCAACUUCACCAUGUUUCUCACCAUGUUUGGAGAGAAGCUGAAUGGAACAGAUCCUGAGGACGUGAUAAAGAAUGCGUUCCAAUGUUUUGACGAGGAAACGACCGGGACGAUACAUGAGGAUACAUUGAGAGACCUGCUCUGUACCAUGGGAGAUAGGUUUACCGACGAGGAAGUAGAUGAGAUGUUCCGCGGAGCUCCCAUCGAUAACAACGGAAUGUUUGACUAUAACGCUUUCGUCAGACUGAUCAAGCACGGAUCCAAAGACGAAUAGGGUGUUUGGCUCGAAUUAUUUGCAUAAUAAUGUUAUUACUAUGCAAAAUAUGCACAUAAUAAUGUUAUUACUAAGCGUAAUCAUGUAAUUAGUAGUGUACAUUAAGACUGAUGACUGUCAACUCGACUUUCCUGAACCGGCUGGUUACUCUCCUUACAUUUGAUUAGACUUCAAAAUUGAUUUAUAAGUUGAGAAAUUUCGUCAGAAAUGUUUCGACUUAAAAUUUGUCAAAAAUAAUCAGCAAUCGUAAUCAAUAUGAAUAUUUUAGUGGUAUUGUUAUAUCAAUAGAUUGUUAGUUGAUAUUAUAUGGUUCAAAAAGAAUUACUAUUCUUUAAUUCUUUGUAUGGUUUUAUUAUGAGUAGGCAUGUUAGCUCUUUACGAUUUAUACUGCCUGAUCAUUUGUAAAUAAAAAGCACACUGUUCAAUUUGAACUAACUCCAUUACGUCGGAAUUUACACAGAAUAAUCCAUAUAAGUAUUUCCUGAUCACAUUUACUCUUCAUCAGACAUCUACUUACUGUUAUAAUAGUUAUCAAUUAUCACACAGAACUCAGACGUUACUUAUUUUAGUGCUGCUGGCCAGUGAUACACCUCAGAAAAUAACUUUGUAUCUAGACAAGAAUAUAUUGGGAGAUGGACGUUAUUUUAUUGUAUCAUUUAUUCGUUGACCAUUGUAAAUUUAAUGUUUAUUAAUGCUUAUAUAUCGUUGAUUACAAUAUGGAAAUAUGGAAACACUUCUUUUUCCCACUUGAAUAUAUUCAAUUAUCCAACGUUACUCUUAAUAAA